GGUGUAUGGGAUGACUGCACAGUAGCAGGAGCAGCAGAGACAUCUAUAACCCUCUCCCCCCUCCCCUUCCCUCUGACCCUUGCCUUCCGGGGGAAGCUGCUGUUAUAUAAAUUCUGUUUCAUAACAGCCGCCGGAGAACGUGUGAGAUUGAUUCUGUCCCGUCUCUAAAGUUACAGAGCAGGCUCGAACAUGGUCAAAAGGAAAGGGUCAUCAGCCCAGACUGACUGCAAAAGGCUGAAGAAGGACAGCAGCAGAACCAAAACUGUCAAAGAGUGCCUAGUGAACUGUGCAAAACAGCUGCCUCCUGAUGAUGACAGCCAGGACUUUGAACCUGAAAAGCCUCUGGCAAAAUCCAAACGUCGUGGAAGGGGUGCAGCGAAGGCAGGGGUCAGCCUGACCCCUCAGGGUAAGAGCAUCAGAGGAAAAAACCCGCCGAAAGCCAGGGAGAGAAAAAGAUGCGCUUCAGUCAAAGAAGGUGACAGCAAAGAGAUGCAACAGGCUGUACCCACCUCUGGCAGGUUGGUGGAACCAGCAAAGCAGCAGAAAGAAACUAGUUCCCAGGAAGGAGACAGUACAGAGGACAGUGAAGAUGAGUGGGAGGAAGUGGAAGAGCUCCAGACCUCUAUGCCAGAAGAACCAUCUGCCUCUCCCUUUCCUGAACCCACCGUCCCUGCAAAACCACUCGAGAUUGAAAUCGAAAGUCCAGCACACGCCAAGAAGAGGGAGAGCAGAGAGAAGAGAGAGCUUCAGUUUGAGGAUUACCUACGUCGGAUGAUAAACCGUUUUACUCGGAACCUCCGCAUUGACAUUCACAAGGUGCACCUUCUGUGUCUGUUGGCUAACGGUAUGUUCCGGAAUAGGAUCUGCAAUGAACCAGAGCUUCAGGCCUUGGCGCUGUCCCUGGUACCUGCCACACUUGCCAAGGUGCCAGGUGGCCGUGUAGAAAUUCCAUACAUCUCUAAACUGCUCAACUGGUUUGUGUCAUCGUUUGAGAUUGACACUUCUCUCCCCAACGAUGAGGCGGACUCUCUGUCUACGGUGCUGAAGAGGAGAUUCGGCAGCCGUUCCACAAGGAACGAGCAAGAAAUGGUUCAUUUGUUUCUAAUCAUCCUCCGGACUCUGGCCAUGGCAUCACGGCUUGUGAUUUCAUUUCAGCCUGUUCCAUUUAAAGAAAAUGUGAAAGCGAAGAACGUGAGGGACAGCAAAUCUAAAGAUAAUUCCCAGAAAAUUGGUCACUCGGUCCCAGACACUAAACAAGAGUCUGUGCCUGAGAAAGGAGCAAAUGGAGGAGUCGAAGUUAAACUGGAGAGGGAGCAAGAUGGUGCAGUGAAGCGGUCAACUGAACGAGAAGGCAAGUCUCAACCAGCAUCGAAAAGGAACCCGGCAGAACGUGCAAACAGUGGGGGAAAUGCUAGAAGGAGAACUAAAACUGUCAAAACUCUUGACAGAGCUUCUGCUGAAUCUGGAUUUGAGGAUGAGGAGUGCCCACUACCUAAAACAUCUGUCUCUCCAAGGCCAAAGAAUGAGCGUAGGAGGAGAGUAGCCUCAAAAGUAUGUUACAAGGAAGAGGACACUGAAGGCGAUGAUGAGAACGAUUCUGAUUUUGAGGUUGGCAAUGGUUCUGAUUCUAACAGUUAUUCCGAUGGAGAUAAGAAGGGGAAGAGAAUCUCUUCACAAAUGAAGUCUCCCCAAGGCAAGCAAGCAGUAGAGUCUUCAAUCUUUAGGACUCCCAAGUGUGAGGACAGUGAGGAAGAUGAUUUUGAGAACACUUCAGGGAAAACCAAACCCAGUAAGAGAAGGUCUUCAAACUCCAACAAAGCCAACAGCAGAGAUGGAAGAAUGAUGAGGGAGGUUUCCCUGAAUUCGAAAGACUCGGAUCAAUGGAUUGAGGUUUAUGCAGAGAGAGAGAGGAAGUGGGUUGCAGUUGACUGUGUACGUAACACUGUGAACCAGCUGGAACUCUGCACUAAAUAUGCUUCCAAACCAUUCUCCUACAUCAUCAGCUUUGACAAUGAGAAUUGUGUGAGAGACAUCACCCAGAGAUACGAUGGGGCUUGGAUGACCAUGACAAGGAAACGCCGUGUUGACCCUGCCUGGUGGGACCAGACUUUGGCAGCCUACAGAAGCAGUCAUACAGAGCGUGAGAGAGAUGAAGACCAGGAGAUGCAAGCGAAGAUGCUCAGUCAGCCGUUGCCCACGUCUGUAGCCGAAUAUAAAAAUCACCCUCUCUAUGUCCUGAAAAGACAUCUGCUGAAAUACGAGAUCCUGUAUCCUCCGACAGCAGCUAUCCUCGGCUACUGCAGGACAGAGGCUGUGUACUCAAGAGACUGCGUGCACACACUUCAUUCCAAGGACCUCUGGCUGAAGGAAGCCCGGGUGGUGAGAGAUGGAGAGGUCCCCUGUAAGAUGGUGAAAAGCCAAUCGAAUCGAGCACGGCGAGCGCGAUUGGCCAGUUGGGAAGAUCAAGACAAGGAUGACCUUGGACUCUUUGGCUUCUGGCAAACAGAGCCGUUUUCUCCACCAAGUGCUGCCAAUGGGAAGGUCCCUCGCAAUGAAUUUGGAAAUGUCUACCUCUUCAAGCCCUGCAUGCUUCCCAGAGGCUGCAAGCACCUGAGGGUCCCCAACAUCAGCCGAGUGGCCCGGAAACUGAACAUCGACUGCGCAGGGGCCGUGGUUGGAUUUGAUUUCCAUUCGGGUCAUUCACAUCCCAUCAUCGACGGAUAUAUUGUCUGUGAAGAACAUGUGGAGGUCCUGUUGGCAGCUUGUCAGGAAGAAGAGGCCGAAAUGGCAAGAAAAGAACAAAAGAAACGAGAGCAGCGUGUCAUGGGAAACUGGAAGCUGCUGGUGAAAGGCUUAUUGAUCAGGGAAAGACUGAAGGCUCGCUAUAGUGUCAAGGACGGCGCUGCCCUGAGCUCAUCCCCGGAUGUGGGGAGGGGCAGCUCACUCGAUGGGAAAGCUGUCAGUGAUUCCACCUCAGUCAGUGACGCGACUGUCUCAUGGCCCUUGAACCGACAGGAGGAGGCCGUGAAGGGGACGGCAAAGAGCAGGAAACAGAAGAAAGCAGAAGAGAAACACCUCUUCCCGUUCGAGAAGCUGUGAGAACCAGGGGCUGCCCAGAACAUGGUCUGAGUGGGAGGAACCUCCUGUCUCACCUGUAACCAAAGAAUGGGGGUUCAUAAACCCCUCCCCACCCUCACCCCUUCCCCUUCAGGGGCAGGCUGCCCUGGAAACUGCUCAGGGCACCCCAUAGUUAGAGUAUCUCUGAACAACCACCCCUGCCUUAAGGACAAGGUUCCAGUAGUUGCUUUUUAGUCCUAGUUGCACAGAUUAGACAGAAAACCCUCUUUGUUCAGGAGCUGGGAGCCUGGAGAGACUGCGGAGGGGGGGAAGGGACUGUGGCAGAGGGGAGAAGGCAGUGGGUCUGUGCUUCAAACCCAUUGGUCAAGUUGCCAGCACAGCUGACACCCCCAGCAAAGAGUCAUUAACCAGGGGUUCUCUCACUCUCACCCGGGAUCCCCUUCCUCAGUGCUGAGCUACGAAGCCCAAGUGGACAAACUGUAUUCCAGUUACUAAAGCAGAAAUUACUGGGAAAACUCAGCAGGUCUGGCACGUUAUUCCAGUUCUUCCUUUGUAUGGAAAUCCCAGCUGUUAAACACCAGGUUCUGUUCCUCAUUCUGAAUGUGCACGGAAACGAACAAAUGCCACGGGUGGCUGUUCCUGAAAGCUACACUGGGAAUGGAGUUGAAUCUGAAAUGAAGGCUCGGUGCAGUGCAGUGUUGACGCUGUAGCUGGAAACGAGUUAGGUUGAAUUUUCCACUACUGCACAGCCAGACUGUGGAGUGGCCGGACUGUGGUCACCUUUCCCAAGGACAGGGAGCUGUCUCGGGCCGGUGUCUGGAUUGUGACCGAGUGGUCAGUGUGCAAUAUGAAGCAGCUCCUCAUUCCUCCCAGGCAGUACUCAUUUACACACGCCCAUGUGCGUUUCUGAGCAUGUUUGAAGGAGAUGCUAACAUUGAAGAACAACGUGUGAUAACAGAGAGCUGAGCCUUAAACAGAAACAUAUAGGAAAACGAACAAACCAAGUGAGUGUAUCAUUUAACGGAAGACUUUUUAACAUCUCUCCAUUCAGCCACUGUUCAGUGGUGUGUGUAUCUACCCUCUCAUUGUCUGAGCUCCUACACCUCUCCACUACCUCCGCUUGCCAACAGUCAGAGUUUUUUCAUGUUUUGGCAGUGCACAUUGACAGGCUAUUCCACUGCAGUGAGCUUCACAGCGGAAACCUCAAUCCUGUUCUCAGCCUAAAUGCUUGAGCAAACCAUCUCCAAAAGGAAUCACUCAAUAGAUGCUCAGCAUUCCCAACGAUCUGCCCCUGUCCUCCCCCACCACACCCCUGACCCUCUGCCUGUGGUGGGGGCUAAAGUCUUCCCAAACAGUUACAAUAACCAGACAAGGAUCUGCUAUGGAACCAGAACAUGUUAUUUUCUAUUCUGCAAGUUAACUGGUUGUUGCAUGAAAAUGAUUUUCAAUUCAAAACAAAGGUCUCUCUUCCCAGCUCCCACCACAAAAAAAAUGACAGGCUCUGAAACUCUUUUUUUUUAAAAGAACCACUAAAUCCAGUUUGCGAUCUCUGUAUAUCCCGUACUAUUGGGUUUUGUACCUUC